GAAAUAAAAACGGAACACAACCUUCUUAGAAGACUGUGCACUUGACAAAUGCACUGUUCUAUCUGGUCACUAUUUGAAUUCUAUAAUACCUGUGACGCUGAGUCACCUUGUCCUAUCAGGAAACAGUAGAGCUAUAAAUCUCCCUCCAGUGAAGAAUCCCAGUCACUUCCACAACCACCUGAAGAAGGACAGAAGAAACCUCUGAUCUUCCUGGAAACAAAAAGGAGAAGAGAUGGGAAAAACAUCUUCACAUAAGUUUGCUAAACUCAUACAAACUAGGGAUGCUAAAGCACCAUCUUUCAGUGGCAGAUCCCUGUACACAGAUGGAGUUGCAGGAAAGGAUGAUUCUGCCAGUGGUGUUCCUGUGUCUCACAGCUGUGGUGCCUCUGUCCACUGGAGAGGAACCCGAAGAUUUCGAUGCUCUGUCAACUAACAGAACAGAUCAACAAAACCUUAUUGUUGACACACAUAAUACCCUCAGGAGAGGAGUAAAACCAACUGCCAGCAACAUGUUGAAGAUGGAAUGGUAUGCUCCGGCUGCAAAGAAUGCCCAAAACUGGGCCAAUCAAUGUACUUUAAGUCACAGUCCUGCUAACAUGAGAAGAACCAGUGUACAGUGCGGGGAAAAUCUCUUCAUGUCGUCUGGCCCUUUCUCAUGGUCAGAUGUUAUUCAGUCCUGGUACAAUGAGGAGGAAGAUUUUGAAUACGGAACUGGAGCAAAAACACAAGGUGCUGUGAUUGGCCAUUACACUCAGGUGGUUUGGUACAAUUCUUAUCAAAUUGGAUGUGCUGUCGCUUUCUGUCCCAACAGGACAUACAAAUACUUUUAUGUCUGCCAGUACUGCCCCAUGGGGAAUCUAAUAAGUUCAAUUCAGACACCCUACAAAAACGGAGAACCCUGUGGUGAUUGCCCUGAUGCUUGUGAUGAUGGAUUAUGCACCAAGCUUUGAAAUUUUGAAGAUGUUUAUUCCAACUAACUUCUCAAGGUCUCCUGGAUGUACUCGUAUCUUCAUCAUGUUCAUUGCCCUGCUUCCUGCCAAUGCAAAACUAAAAUAAAAUAAUGAGCUCAACUUUUUCCUUCCUGGACAUCUCUCUCUUCAGUGAUUGCUUUUAAUUUAUUGCAGGAUGGAAUCUGUUUUUUAAAAACAGAUUCCAUCCUGCCUCUCCCACAUAUGCAGAAGGACCAACUUCAGUCCAGUGGCUCACAUGAGAAAAAACUAUAGGAGGAUGCAUGUAUAUAUUCUAUUUCUAUAGUGUUUCUAGUUUCCACUAGUACUAUUGCAGUUUAGAAUAUGUGUCUUUUGCUGACAUAUAUUCUACCAUAUAAUGCUCAGCUGUAAUAGAAAAAAAACAACCAAACAACCAAACUACAAAACUAUAGUUCGUUUAAAUUAAUAAUCCUGCUUAUAAUAUAAGAUUACACUUAACAUAGAUACAGGUAACCAAACCUGCCUUCUAAUGAAAAAGAACUGUCAGAAAACAACUUAAUUCACAAUAAUACAUAGCCAAGGGGGAAGGUCACUGCAUUUGGAAACUUUGUUUUUAAUAACAAGUAGGGGUGUCUUCUAAAUAAUUUUUUUUAAUAUCUGCUUUUGCUGUAUUAUUCAUAAAAUUACUCAUUCUUCACUGACCAAUUUAUUGUAAUUUCCAUUCUUUCUUAUUACCAUGGAAUAAAAUUCACUAAACUUCCACCAA